UCUGUAACGUUACUGGUAAGAACCUUCCUGGAUGACAUUUUCAAGACGUUGUUAAACGUUGUUAAAACGUUCAGCGUUAGGGCACGGUGCUGGGAGAUGGUACGGCUGUAGAUAGUUAGCUGGGUUAGUUGCUGGAGCUCCAACUCCAGGGUUAACUGCAACUCUUUCCCCCACCCCGUCAACGUCACCAUCGCAGCCGUGGCGUCCCUCCGAAGCCAACAACAUGGAGUCCGGGCUGCUCUCCGCGAGUACCGCCGCUUAGCCUUCGCACGCAGCCCGACACACAGCGCGCAGAGCCGGGGAACAGCCAUGCCCAGCAGCUGCCGAGUUUACCCGCGACUCCAGCCCGAGCAGAGCCCGGGGAGCCGCGGCGUGUGACCGGCCGCAGGACCUUCCGAGGAGCCCGGGAGACUGGGGGACUGAGGCGGGAGGGCUGGCAGGCCGUUUGGAAGAGAAGAUAUGUAGGUGCAGUGCAGCAGACCAGAGCACUGGACCAUGGAGCCUGCAGUAGGUCCUCUAUCUGAUAUGGAUCCCCACGAUCCAGCAUCCAUCAGUGGGCCGUCAGCAUCCCCACCUCUACUCAAUAACAGCCUGCUGGGGGAACUGUCUCAAGGUGGUGGUCUGGAGAAGGGUGAUGUAGAAGGGGAUUCUGGGCUUCCAAGAAGCCUCCUUUCCAGAAUCGAACCCUAUGGGAACAGUCAGAGAAAACCUCGAUCCUCAGCCUUCCCUUCAUCUCUUACUUGGGACUCAGACUCGGAGAAAGAGACAUUUGAUGAAGAGGAGCUUCAGCACUUUUCUAAUCCUCAUGGCCUAGCUGCCCACAGUCCAGGAAGUCCCACCUGUGGACAGGAGCAAGAUGGAAUUGACUGUGGAGUUUACCAAACACCUGAGGCGCCCAAGGACCUGCUCUUUAAGAAGGACUUGGCCAGUCCUCUGGAGAGGAGAGAUCAAGUGGAAAAUGACAAAGUCGGAAGUGCGUCCAACCAAGCUGGGUCACUUUUCUCAGACACAAAACCAAAGGAGGGAUACCAAAAACAAGAAGACGAAAGGAAAGAGGAGAAGAAGAAGCUACCCGAACGAGACGUCUACUCUUUUCCAGGUGACUCGGACCCGGAGAGUCCACCUCCAGGGCCGUGGGCACACUGCACCUUCAUCCAGCGCCGGAGAAAGAAGAGAGCUUUACUGAGACCUUUCUCUGGACUGAACACCUGGCAACGCACGACUGGGGCGAACAGGAAAACCAGGUUAAUCCCGGCCAGGACGAAGAGUCGGGCGAAGGUGGUGAACGAUGAAGGAGGGGUGUUCGAAUUCAAGGAGGAGGAAGAUGAGGACGAGGACAAAGUCCAAGAGGCGGAGAUUGGACAAGGACAACGGGGAGAUCUGUGCCAGGAUAUUUUUACUUGUGUAGAAUGUAGCAUUUACUUUAAAAGACGAGCACAUCUGCGGGAACACAUGCGAGAGCAUGUCCCAGAUGGCGGGAGAAAGGGACAGGGUGGUGAGGAGGGCGUUAGGAGGAGGCGAGCCAAAAAAACUGGCUUUGAGUGCAUGGAGUGUGGUCAGGAAUUCUCAGACAGGCUGGUGUUGGUGGAUCAUCACAGGCGGCAUCAAGAGGCACGGCGCAAAAUCCUGGAAGAGAUUGGAAAGCUGAACGAGGGAGGGACGGGGACGGAAGAGCAGGCCAAUCGCAGGAAGCCAAGGCGUCUAGCCGCCCAAGAACCUUCCACCACCCCCGUCUGCGGACAGUUUGUCUGUCUCAAGUGCAACUACAGCUCUGAUGUACCUCAAGAACUUGCAGACCACGCUAAGACUCAUACGACUCGAGCAAAGGCUGGUUCUCCAAGAGCCGGUUCUCCAAGAGCCGCUUCCCCAAAAGCAGCUUCCCCUAAAGCAGCUUCACCUAAAGCAGCUUCCCCAAAAGCAGCUUCCCCAAGAGUCGCUUCUCCGAGAGAUGCUUCCCGUUCCCAGCCAAGAUCCCGCAAAAAAGGACAGACACGAUCUUCUGGAACUGGUACCUCAAACCCUGCCAACACACUUCCUACAGAGAGGUAUCCAACGAGAGCCUCGGUCCACGCUGUGGAAAAACAGCCUCAACAGCCUGAAGAGCCUCAAGUUGACCCCUCUCAGGCCAGUGCCAGUGACCGUCCUCCCAUAAACGAGGGUGACUCCAUUCCAGGGUCCAUCCAGGAUCGCACCGACUCUGCAACUCCAGAAGAACCAGCCACAAAACCAGAACUAGGGCCAGAACCAGAUCCAGAGCCACAACUGGAGUUAGCAAGUGCUGAUCCUGAUACUGAUGCUGCUGCUCCCCCAGAGGGUCCAUCACUAAAGGAGGAAUCUCCUGCAGAAGGGUCAACUAAAGCCGGUUCAGUAGAGGAGACCGUCCCAAAGCCCCAAUCUCCUGUAACAGUACCUUCAAAUCCAGAAUCUUCAAAUCCAGCUCCCUCAAAUUCAGCACCUUCAAAUACAAGAGCUGCACCACGCCGCAGGGAAGUAGCGUACAAGAGUACAGGGAAACGGCGCUCGAAGCGGGUUGUGAGGGACGCGAUGGGCAGGACCCGAGCAAGUAGCAGACUGGAGUCGAAGCAUACUGAGAGUAACGAUGCUGAGAACCCAAUCCAAAAAACUGAGCAGACAGUAGAGCAGGACCAAAAAGAGGCUGCACCACUACCAGAGCCAGAGGCUGAUCCACAGUUGGCUAAAGAAAUGGAAGAGUCUUCUGCUGAGACCUCUGACCUCAAACCUUCCCCUCCACCAAAGACCAGUGAGGAGACCAAAGAAGAAAGCAAAGAGGAAAUCCCUCCAGACGACACAAACGAAGAGUGUGGUAAAGAUACUCCUGCUGCAGAAGCCACAGAUCAUGCUGAUAAGGAUGAUAAGGAUGAUAAGGAUAAGGAAAAUGAUGGCAACGAGGAAGAUGAAGAUGAUGAAGAAGAGGAAGACGAUGAGGAUGUCUUUAGUCGUCUACUUGAUGCCUUAACUGAAGAGGAGGAUGAGGAGGACGAGGAGGGUGUUUCAUUAAAGAGCGUGGGAAGGAAGUGCCCCUACUGCCCAGACCGGUUUGAUAAUGGAAUUGGAUUGGCCAAUCACAUUAGGGGUCAUCUGAAUAGAGUCGGAGUCAGCUACAACGUUCGACACUUCAUCUCCCCAGAAGAGGUUAAUGCCAUAGAGAAGAAGUUCUCCUACCAGAAGAAGAAGAAAAAAGUUGCCAACUUUGACCCAUCAACCUUCAGCGUGAUGCGCUGUGAGUUCUGCAGCGCCGGCUUUGACACCAGAGCCGGGCUUUCCAGCCACGCCCGCGCCCAUCUCAGAGACUUUGGCAUCACCAACUGGGAGGUCACCGUCUCCCCCAUCAACGUCCUCCGGGAGCUCUUCUCCAAGCGUCCGGAUCUGGCUCUAUCCACCACGCUUCAAUCCGACGUGCAGAAACAGGACCCGGAUAAGGAGGAAGAGGAGGAGGAGCCUGUAUCGGGAAAGGACGAGGAGGGCGGGACUUCAGACACAGUGCCUGAGGCUCCCACUUCUCCUGCUCAGCCUUGGAAAGAAGAGCGUAAUGACAGUGAACCUGAGGGUGGGCAGGAUGAAGAGUCCGAGGCUGUUGUGAAGAUGCCAUUAUUGGACAGUUUCCCCUCCAGCCCAAGGUCGAACAGCUCCUUCUCGGUUCAGCCGGAGAGCUCCGCUCCUGCAGACGAGAUCGAGCCCAAGGUCUCCGGUUUGCAUAAAUGUGACGUCUGCAGUGCCACCUUUGAGACGCGGCGAGGUUUAUCGAGCCACGCCCGCUCUCACCUGCGGCAGCUGGGGGUGGGCGUGUCCGAGAGCAGUGGAGCACCCAUAGAUCUUCUCUACCAGAUCACCAAGGAGCGGACCUCCGACUCGGAGACCCCCGACACGCCCCUGCCGUGCCCCCCGGCUCCAUCGCCCAAGAAGAGUCCUCCAUCGCCCGUCCCCACGCCAGCGGAACCUGAGGAGGAACCGCAGGACAUUAAACCCCCCCUCCCCCUGUCUGUUCUGGGUACCAUAGUGAAAGUUCCCCCUUCCCCAUCCAGCCCCUCCCUCGGCGGGUCUCUUCCCCCGUCUCCGUUCGGGAAGUCCCGCUCUCCGUCUCCGUCCCCCGUCCUGAGGAAAGCCCCCAUCUCCUCGCUGCUGCCGGUGUCUUCCCCACUGCGCUCCCAGGAGCACAAGGCCAUGUGCCGGGUCCAGACCUCCGCCUCGCUGUCCACUCCACCCAGACCGUUCUGGGCCCCGCAAGACUCAGACGCUCCUCUCAAUCUCACGAUGGAGAUGGACCCUGAUAAAGACAUCACGUGUAAGCUGUGUGGCGCGUGGUUCGAGACGCGUAAGGGGCUGUCGAGUCACGCCCGGGCUCACCUGCGUCACUUCGGGGUGGAGUACUCCGAGUCUAAGGGUUCCCCCAUAGACCUGCUCAACAGACUCAUCCUCACCGACGACUUCAAACACAGAGUCGGCACUUUACUCCCCGAGAGCCCGGAGGACCUGAGGGUCCGGGGCCCCGCCGUGGCCCCUCCCUCUCCAUCCGUAUCCACGCCCACUUCUUCAGCCUCCAAGAGGCCCCUCCUCCCCAGCUCUCUCCUUUUUAAGACUGCAGCGUUAAGCAGCGGAGUCGGUCCCAAAGCUACCUCCUCUUCCUCCUCCUCCUCUGCUGCUCACGCCCUCUUAGCUCCGCCCACCAAGAAGCUGAAGCCUUCCCCUCAGCACGUCUUCCGUUUGAGUGGGAGGGAGCUGAUGCCCAUUCCUCUCCCAGAGCCGAUGAAGGACGUGGGCUGUGAGUUCUGUGGGGAGCUUUUUGAGAACCGUAAGGGUCUCUCCAGCCACGCCCGCUCCCACCUGCGCCAGCUGGGCAUCACCGAGUGGUCCGUCAACGGCUCGCCCAUCGACACGCUGCGAGAGCUCAUCGCCCGGCGCGGUCUGCCCUGCGUCACGCCCCUGAAACCCAUCAAACUUCAGAAACCUCUUAAACCACUGAAGUCGCCCUCGUCCUCUCCAGGCCUGGGACCCCCUCGAGCCUCCCUCCAGUCCUCCACCCCGCAGUCGGGGCUCCUCGGCCGCCUGCCGUUCUCCUUCACCCACCCGCCCGGCCAGCACCAGCCCACCGCCCGCAAACAGCCCCCCUCAGCUUCUGCCACCAGCCCCUCCCCCACCCUGGUGCUGGUUAAGCCCAAGCCUGAGCCUGAGCCAGUGGAGGUCACUAUAACUGAAGCAGGGAUGGAGGGAUGUGACGGUUACGGGUCUGAACCCCUGCAUUGCUCCAGCUGGAGCAGCUCGGGCAACGUGCAUCCUAUUAAUCUGGUAAUAGCCCAAGAGAAGGAACCCUCGCGUGAUAUCCGCUGUGAAUUCUGCGGCGAGUUCUUCGAGAACCGCAAGGGCCUCUCCAGCCACGCCCGCUCCCACCUGCGCCAUAUGGGCAUCACCGAGUGGUCUGUCAACGGCUCGCCCAUCGACACGCUGUGGGAGAUCAUGCGGAAGCAGGGCACCACCCCUGCGUCUGUCGCCCUGGGCGUGAAGGAGGAGCCGGGGCGGGACGGCAGCCCGUCCUGGGACACGCAGGCCUAUCAGUCACCCAAAGUCUCACGCAAGUCUCCUCUGAACCUGCUCCACUCCGGAUCACGCCUCCAUAAGCACGGAUUGGCCACCACGGGCCUGUCCGCCACGCCCCCUGCGGGGAAGUUCUUUGGGAUGGCGCCGGUUGGGAAGAGGGUGGUCGGGUCUGAAGGACAUCUUGGAGAAAGAUCACAGUCGUUUAAGUCUAAGACCUUCUCUCCUCCUCCUCCACCUUCAACGCAGGAUUUCUCUUAUAAAGCCAAAGCGUCCACGGAUAAGCAUGGGGUAGGCCACAUGGACGCUAGCUGUGAGCUGUGCGGUUUCUUCUUUGAGAACCGGAAGGCUUUGGCUAGCCACGCUCGCGCCCAUUUGCGGCAGUUUGGCGUGACGGAGUGGUGUGUGAAUGGUUCACCCAUCGAGACGCUGAGUGCCUGGAUGCGUAGUCGACCACAAACCGUAGCUGAGCUGCAUCGCACUUACCUGCAGGGUGGACGCAGCGUCCAGAAGAAGGUGCACAAGAGGAGCCGUUCCUCCCUCUCUCCGUCGUCUGACUCUGAUCUCAUGGCCCCGUUAUCUCAGAAGUCUUCAGGAGCCCCGUGGUCAUCCUUAGCUCUGUCUCAGGGCAGGGCAGUCAGACGGGACGCCCUGAACAGCUCCUGGGGAUCAUCACAGGCGGCAAACGUGAAAAUUGGGACGGGAGCCUCGUCCCGGCACGGGAUCAGCACACAGGGCCGGGGACAUCACUCCAACAGCUCACUUCCACACGUCCAGGUAGCACGGAGUGAACUCAACGUCCGAGUGCCGCGGGGCAUCGAGCGAAGGCCACUGAAACACCCGUCUCAUGCUGACGGAGGGGAGAAAGAGAGCUGCCCCCCGAAACCCCCUCGUAGCAGUACUGUACCUGCCCUCGUGCCAAAGCCACCCUCCACCCCCCUCGUCAAACUUGUGGGUAAAAUUUACUCCCUCAAGUGCCGGUUCUGCGACGUGGAGUUCCACGGCCCCCUCUCAGUGCAGGAGGACUGGAUCAGACACCUCCAGCAGCACAUUCUCAAUCUCAACUACAACAAACCCGCCCCCACCGCAACCAACACUCCCACCAAACCCGAAACAGCUGCUCCUCAAACCCAAGCCUCAGCUACUACCUCCUCCUCCUCCUCCUCAACAACUACUACUACCACCACCACUAACAACAAUACAGCUCCGACCCCCACCACGCCCGCACCUGCAAACACCCCAACCCCAACCUCCACAGCCCCGCCCCCUCUGGCCAGCCCUGGAACUCCCCCCACAGCAGAGCCACUGCGAGCUCCUGCCACAUAGUACACGCCGUGAUGUCUUAGGUCUUAUGAUUUCGCCUUCCGUACCUUUCGUCCUAUCUGCACUUCCUCUCAGACUGUUACAGACCAGUCUUUUCUAUGUUUCUCUCUGUUAUUUACGUGAAACAGAGCUUUCUGAAAAGCUUCGCCAGCCACCCACUCACCCUGACCCACUUAGCAUGCAGCCGGAAAGGUAGAGUGAGGCUCCAGAGAGGCCAGUUUCCAUGACAAUGUUGGCUUUUCUGGCCGACAAAAUAUAUAGAGCCAUCAGUCAAGAGCGGGAGGGUCACAGAAUCCUUUUCUCUACUUAAUCUGACGCUUCUCUUCUUAUACGUUCAGCCAGUUCUGCCUAAUCAGACACAGUCGCUUAUAGAGACGGACUGACUGUCUCUGGUGGUGAAUUACUUCAGUAAACUUGCCGACUUCGCCCUGUGAUUGGUUCUCAUUGUAGCUUAAAAAAAAAAAGAAGCACUUUAGUUUGAUUAAAACUUGGCCUGUCACGAUGAGAUUUUUUGUGGACGAUAUACAGGGGUUGAACAAUGAAACCGAAACACCUGGUUUUAGACCACAAUAAUUGGAAUAAUUUAUUGUGGUGACGGACAGUUCUGGUGGAAACAGGAGAGUUGAGGUGCACAUUAAAUUCUGCUGUGAUUUGAUCAGCCGUGGUUUUAUGUUUUUCAGAUACAAUCCGGGUUAGCACCCGAACAUCCCUUUCAGACAGCUUCCUCUUACAGCGUCCACAGUUAAUCCUGUUGGAUGUGGUUGGUCCUUCUUGGUGGUAUGCUGACAUUACCCUGGAUACCGUGGCUCUUGAUGCAUCACAAAGACUUGCUGUCUUGGUCACAGAUGCGCCAGCAAGACGUGCACCAACAAUUUGUCCUCUUUUGAACUCUGGUACGUCACCCAUAAUGUUGUGUGCAUUGCAAUAUUUUGAGCAGAACUGUGCUCUAACCCUGCUAAUUGAACCCUCACACUCUGCUCUUACUGGUGCAAUGUGCAAUUAAUGAAGAUUGGCCACCAGGCUGCUCCAAUUUAGCCAUGAAACCUCCCACACUAAAAUGACAGGUGUUUCAGUUUCAUUGUCCAACCCCUGUGUAUGUGUGUGUGUAUAUAUAUAUAUAUAUAUAUAUAUACACGUCUCAAAAAUUCUUGUGAUAAACAAUAUUAUUGUAAUUUUAAGCCCAAUAAAUGCUGCUGACGGCAACAAAAUACAACAAAAUGUAUAAUUAAUCAUAGUUUUGGUCGGAGCACAUAGAAAUAAUUAAAAGCAUAAAUAUUAAAAAAUAUUUAAAAAAAAACACGUUUUUGUGUUUGUCCAAAAUAAUUAUGGCACUUUUCUUGAUCCUUAAUAAGCACUUAUUAAACCCCAAAGCCGAGCCCUUAACCCCCGAUGGCAGAGGCUGCAGUCAGAUGGUGGUGAACACAGCCGUGCCAAAAUGAUGCGUGAGCUGCUGCUGAAAUGCCGUUAUUAAACUUAUUAUUAUAAACUUAGUAUUUGCACCUUAAUGGAUCUCAUUUAAUAAUGAGACCAAAAAAAUUAAGGUCACUUUUCUCUAAAACAGGCCUUUUUGUCCUCAUAUGCCUGGUUCCCACAGUGAACGUCCUUCUGCGACGACUUUUUUUCUUUCUUUUUCUUUCUUUCUUUUCGUUUUAAUCCCUUUGGCAUCAGUGAUGACCAAAUGAUGUUCUCUUCCAGUUGUUUUUUUUUAUUUAGCCAAAUAAGCUGUUCAAUAUAGAUUGCGCUAAUUAAAAUUUAUAGUGGAUAUCCACUAGUUUUAUUAUUUAAAAAAUUCUGUAUAAUUCAGUGUUUUUCAGAUGGGUUUGGUGUGAAAUGGUAAAUUGUAGAGUAGGGCUGCACGAUAUUGGAAAAAAAAAUACAUUGCAAAUGUUAUAUUUUCAACGAUAUAUAUAUAUAUAUAUAUAUAUAUAAAAACGCGAUAUUAAACAAUGCAGGGCCCAUGACGUCAUCAGGCCCGCCCCCAUCAGCAUGCUGUCUCGCGUCCGGACCAAUCGAGAGCUGAAUCAGCGCCGAGCUCUCAAAACCCGAGAAAACAGUAAUCAGCCCUUAAAUCAGGCAUUUAAAUGGCUUUUUAAAAGGUAAAUAAGAGCAAUUUUCUGGGAUUAAAAGCCUGAAUUCAGCUGUAACUGGAAAUAUCUGCACUGCAAAACUGUGCUGGACUGAAGUGCACAGCUUUCAUCACAUGCGUUUACGAGCACGUGCCCAACCAUGUGGAUGGAGGCCAUGCGGAUACCUCGUGUUUACUCUGUGCAUGGGCACAUCUUGAUGACGAUGCUUAUGAGUAAUGUCGUGCAGCCCUACUCUAGAGAAACAUACUGUUUUACAGUAGUCAAAAUCGUUGCUGUACUGUGCCCCACAUGUAGAUGAGUUAUGAUAAAUUACAUGUAUUGCUGAUUUACAGAGUAAAAAUAAAUUACAUAUGCACAUUGUAAUUUGGAUGGUAAAAUUAUGCACUUUUAUAGAUGCAUUUUAUAUAUUGCCAAUUUUACAUCACACAAUACAGCCAUUGACCUAAAAUAAGAAGUUAGAUAAGAAGUCUCAAGAAGUUAAUUAAUGGAAUGAAAAAGUUGUGUGUGUGAAGGUAGUAUGAAAUGUUGAUACUUGUAAGUGAUUUACAGCAUUAGAGCGAAACCAUGUGUGUUUUUAGGGAUAAAAACAUUUGUACAAUUGAAAGGAGUCUCUCUUUUCCUUGUUGGGUUCUUUUAUCCUGGUUACCUCUCAAAAGCCCUAUCCGGACGAGAUUAGUUUCUCAGGGGGUUCUGGGGUAAUUUUCUUUAUUUAACUUUUAUGCGGGGUCCUCUGUGAUUUUAUUCACGUUCAGAACGACCAUGUAUGCGUUUUUCUCAGACGUCCUCUGAGAAAAUUACAGGCUGAAUUAUCUACUGUUUUUCGCUUAACUUCGUGGUCCUUCAGUAAUUUUAGUCCCGUCCGGAUCCACAUCUCUGAGUUUCAUCACCUCGCGUUUAAUAAUGUAGCUAUUUGUCCACUGCCGCGCACCGUAAUUACACUUUGGGUGCACUUUGGGUUUUUUACGGAGAUCCACGUAAAAAACACAACAGCGAGUGAAAAUGGAGGAGCUACUGAACUAAACGCGAUGUCACGUGCCCGAGAAAGCCAAAAGAAAAAAAAAAUACUCACUGUUCUUCUGUUCUUUCAAUUGCAGUCCGCAUAUAAGAGUUUUAUCACUGAAUAGUAGAAAAGGGAUUAUUUUUUUUUUUUAUAGAUGUCCCCCUGAGGAAACUAAUCCCAUCCGGAAAGGGUAAAGUCUGUCUUUGAGUGCAUCAUGAAGGCAUGUCCAGCACUCUACAUUCGGGUAGUGCACCUCUUGGUGAGAGACUGUAGUCUAUGAGAUUUUGUUUUUAUAGAGUAGCUCUUUAUCGCCCUCUUGUGGCACAACCCCCCCGUAUUCUGUAAGACAUGUAAUCGUUUACAUAUCUGCUUAUCUGGUAGAGUUUUUCUCUAAAAAAAAAAAAAGCAUUUCACACCAAAAACACUCUGAAUAGCUUUCCUGAUUAGACACUUUUUUUGGAAAUUGCUGUUUUUUCAUUGGUUUUGACUACUGGUUGGUUGAUUUCUGGGCGUUUGUAGCUCAGUAAGUCUUUUUAUGUUUGUUUUUGUUCUUGCUGAUGCUGCAGAAAUGUGGCAAGUUACCAGCAGAAGCUACAACUUAAACUGUCCUGAUCCUUCCAUUAACCGAACCCUAGAUUGCUGAGAUUUUGCACAUCAGCGCUUGCUCUGCUUGCUGAACGGACCAGGCCCGAAUAGUGAGGUAGAUUUAUAGGAACGACCUCUUCCAAUUUAUUUACUUUACAUCCUUUUUAUUUUUUUAGGUUGGAGAAAUUGCCUUGGAUUCAUUGAAUGGGAACUGGGCCUAAAAUUGCUGGGCUCUUAAAAACAUGUUUUAUUGAGAUGCAGUUAAACUGUCUUUAUUUAUUUCCUGCCUUGACUUAAACCCAAACCUCUGUGCUAAUUUAUUGCACUUCUGAAUGUCAGAAAUUGGACUGUUUUGGCGUCGAGACAAGAAUUUCAAAUGUCUUGGGAGAGGGCAAUGAGUUGAUGCACUUUUAGCAGAGGUUGGGUAGGGAAGUGUUACAUCCAUGUAGUGUGUGUGUGUGUGUGUGUGUAUGCGUGUGCACGAGUGUCUUUUACAGGGUCAGUAGUUUAUAAUAAUACACUCAUCAUCAAACACAUAGUUGCACCCAGAAGGGAAGGAAGCAUCUGAUUGCAGUGCUAAUCGGUAGGAAGAUAGGAAGAUAAAGGUUACCAGGAACAAUAAAUUACACUAAUUAUAUUUAUAUGAGCAAGUGUUAAUAGUGUGCAUCUCACAAAGUGCCAGUAAUGAACACAAGCAGAUGACAUGUCUCUUCAAACCAUCACUGAUUGGUGGAAACUUCACACUAGACCUCGAGCAGUUUGGAUUGUGUGUCUCUCCACUCUUCCUCCAGACUCUGAUCUCUUGAUUUACAAAUGAAAUGUAAAAUUUACUGAUGAUCAGUGAUGGUUUGGAGAGACAUGUCUGUCAUCUGCUGGUGUUGAUCCACUGUGUUUUAUCAUCAAGUCUAAAGUCAGUGCAGUUUUGUUUUCCCACAAAAUCUUAACAGCACUUCAUGCUUCCCUCUGCUACUGACAACUUUUAUGGAGAUGAGGAUUUCAUUUUCCAGCAGGACUUGGCACACUGCCCACACUGCCAGCCAAAAGUAAAAAUCCAAUAGGUCUUACAUAAUAUUCACUAACUUUCUAAGACACUGAUUUUUGGGUUUUCAUUGGCUGUUAGCCAUAAUCAUCCACAAUAAAAAAAUAAACGCUUAAAAUAGAUCACUCUGUGUUUAAUACAUCUAUAUAAUAUAAAAGUUUCACAUUUUGAACUACUUAAAUUACUGAAAUAAAGUAGAGUUUUAAUAUAUCUCCCUUCAGAAGAGCACUGCAAUCUACCAUUUCCUUCUAUGUGCAAUUAUUUUAUUAUUAUGAGAAUGAGUGUAGUUAUAUAGGUAGCCUAAAGUAUAUAUGUGUACGCCCUCAUAGACACAUGACUGUGGUUUAACCCCUGUCUGGCCCUGUAAUGGUUAAGUACAUUUUUCUGAAGCACACUUUAGUAUUUUUUGUUUUGUUUUUUUGUCAUUUUUUUUGUCAUUUUUUUUUUGGUCCAUGCCAAGAACCUGUCUGCACCGCAUCCAUUGGCCUGUGGCAGAAUGUGCCAAAGAGUCGGCCUGCCUCUAACCGAUAGCGAGUAACGAGGCAGUCUCGUUGGCUACAGCUAUUAAAGCAAAGCAAGCUCCUGAUUGGACGGAGGGAACGGUUUUGCUCCUUCCACGUUGCUGAAACCGUGGUGAAACAGUGAGCGUGAUGACCAGUCGAGAAGCUCCUUCAGCUCCUCUGGAUUGUAUUUUAAACCUUUAGACGAUGAACUAGGUGUCAAUGAACUUCUUAACAAAGGCCCCAUGACUUUGUGGCGAGCUGGAUCUUAUUACUACACACUUCCUAACCCAGGAAGGGACGACACGGACUCAUCCUGCUACUAUGAAGGACGUUCAGGACCAUGUAGCUUCACGUUUUACUUCACAUUAGUUGGGAAUCCAUAUCUACAAAGUGAAGCAAUAACAGUACGGCCUCGCAGGUUCGUUCCAGCGUUCACUACACUUAUCUCUGACUGUUAAGACUUACAGUAUUCCUGUGGAGAAUAUAGGCCUAUAUAUGAUGUAAUUAAGAAGAAGAAACCGUAGGGGGAGAGAUAUUACGAGUAUAAACAGUUUGAAAUGUGAUCUUGAUCCAUUUAUUGUGAAUUUAUUGCAACUUUUUAAUGCUGUGUAUUUUUUAUUGCCAUUUGUGUUUCUGUACUUGCGGUCAAAGAUAAGUGAAAUAGAGUAAGUGUUAUUUUUUAUGUUAGACAAGAUCUUAAGAAAAAAAAAAUACAUUGGUGCUCAUGAGGUCAAAUGGUUGUGAUUGCCUACGAAUGGUUCUCAAUGGUUGUGAUUGGUUCUGAAUGAGUUUGAAUGCAGGGAGUUGUGUUAUGUUUCACGUUUAGGACUUUUAAACAGUGGCUGUGUUCCAAUUGCGUACUGUGUACUAGUAAUGCUAGCUUUUGGGUUUUUAGGUAUGCAGUGUGUAGCCAAUUGAGUAUAUUUAGGCCAUUGUUCACAACUUUGUCCCAGAAAUAAAUGCGAUAAACAAUAUUGUUGUUAUUUAAAAAAAAUAAAGUUUAUAUCAGUGGUAUAAAUUGAAUAAAAAUGCCAUUUUAAGAGGAAUUAGGUUUUAUUUAGUAUUAAAAAUCAGACAUUGCCAAUUUUUUAACGCAUAGGAGCCCAGACCCACCUCUCAGCAUUGAUGCCAAAUUAAAGAUUUAAUCUGAAAAAAAAAUUAAGGGAGCAAAUUUUUUAGUUUUUUUUUUUUUUUUUUUUUUUUCCCAUUUUCUCCCCAAUUUACACGGCCCACUCAUUAGGACUCCCAGGAGGGUGAAGACUAACACAUGCUUCCUCCGAUACAUGUGAAGUCAGCCACCGCUUCUUUUCGAGCUGCUGCUGAUGCAGCAUUACUGAGCAGCCAGUGUGCUCGGAGGAAAGCACAACAGCUCGGCUCCAGUACAUCAGCUCACAGGCGCCCUGUGCUGCAGACAUCACCAUAGGAGUGAUGUGGGGAGAGAGCGCCAUCUACUGUACCCACUCGGAGGGAGCAGGGCCAACUGUGCUCCCUCUGAGCGCCGGCAGCUUGAUGGCAAAGCUGCAUGAGCGGGGGUUCGAACCUGCGACCUCCUGCUCAUAGUGGCAGCGCUUUAGACCACUGGACCACUCGGCGCCUAGGUUUGUUUUUUAAUGUGGGCACAUUUAAAAAUUUAAGGGAAAUCGUAUUACUUGUCUUUUAACAUUUUGUUCCAGAAAUUAGCUCAAUACUAGUUAUAAGGAAUGUAAAACAUUAAUUUUAAGCAUUUUUUUUUGUUAAAUGGUUAAAAAAGAUCUAUAGAAGUUAAUAAUACAUUGUGUUAAAAGUAGCUAAUUUAGUCUAUUAUUUUAUCUCCAAAACGAACACUAAACCACUCCUAUAUUCUGUAAUAAAUAGAAGAUAUGAAUGAAUGAACACAGAUUCACACACUGUCAUGUAGUGAUGCUCUCAGGAUGGUCAGUAGGCUCAGGCUGUGUGUCACUUAUAGACUUUAGGGCAGACAGAGAGCUGUUAGGAAUUUUACACAGCUUUUAAAGGGUCUGUGAAACCCAUACAUCACCAUGGGCUCUUCUGGGUUAAUCGUAAAUAAAUAAAGCGUAAACAGCACUGUUUUAGACAGUGAACACACCAGCUUGUUCAUUUUUAAUGGGCUGGUGUGGCGCAGUGGAUAACACCAUUGCCUACUUGUGAGCUACCACAUCAUGUGGGAGACUGGGUGACUGACUAUGCUGCACAACACCAAUAGUCCUUGGGCAAGACUCCUAACACUACAUUGGCCCUCCUCUGUAACAGAAAUAAUCCUGUAAGUCUCUCUGGAUAAGAACAUCAGCUAAAUGCUGUCAAUGUAAAAUACUGGACUCUUUUAAUAAAAGUAGCAGCUAGGCAUUCUGGGACUGCUUUCUACAAACAUAAGUGAAAGAAUGGGUCUCAGGCUCUCAGGAGCUCAGUAAACUCCAGCACUGUGGUACCGUGAUAGGAUGCAGCACCUGUGCAACCAGAGUCCAGUCGUGAAAUUUCACUACUCACUACUAAAUACUCCACAGCCAACUGUCAGAGAUAUUAUAACACAGUGGAAGAGACCGAGAAAGACAGUGACUCUUUGCUCUGUCAGUGUAAAAUAACAGAGCGGGGUCAGCGGAUGCUGAGGAGCAUAGUACACAGAGUUCACCAACUUUAUGCAGAGUCACUACAUCACUACACACCUCCAAACUUCAUGUAGCUUCAGAGUUAAUCACUCACUACACACCUCCAAACUUCAUGUAGCUUCAGAGUUCAUCACUACACACCUCCAAACUUCAUGUAGCUUCAGAGUUCAUCACUCACUACACACCUCCAAACUUCAUGUAGCAGAGUUCAUCACUACACACCUCCAAACUUCAUGUAGCUUCAGAGUUCAUCACUACACACCUCCAAACUUCAUGUAGCUUCAGAGUUCAUCACUACACACCUCCAAACUUCAUGUAGCUUCAGAGUUCAUCACUACACACCUCCAAACUUCAUGUAGCUUCAGAGUUCAUCACUCACUACACACCUCCAAACUUCAUGUAGCAGAGUUCAUCACUACACACCUCCAAACUUCAUGUAGCUUCAGAGUUCAUCACUACACACCUCCAAACUUCAUGUAGCUUCAGAGUUCAUCACUACACACCUCCAAACUUCAUGUAGCUUCAGAGUUCAUCACUCACUACACACCUCCAAACUUCAUGUAGCUUCAGAGUUCAUCACUACACACCUCCAAACUUCAUGUAGCUUCAGAUUAGUUCAUCACUACACACCUCCAAACUCCAUGUAGCUUCAGCAGAGUUCAUCACUACACACCUCCAAACUUCAUGUAGCUUCAGGGUUCAUCACUACACACCUCCAACACAGGAUAAGUCUUUGGGCAGUAUAGUGUAUGUUAAUACAUUUUGUGUACUAACCAGCUAAACCCACACUGCUAAGAUUAGUACACAUUCUAUAGGUUAUAGUAUUAGUGUGUAGUGCACAUUUGGGACACAGCCACUGUGUCUUAACUGGAGGUUUGGUUGUAAUGCACUUUACAAUUUUAAGACCUUUUCAGCUGGAUUGACUGACUGCAAGGUUUGUGUGAGAGAGUGUGUUUGAGAGAGUGUGAGAGUGUGUAAGAAAGAGCGCGAAAGACAGAGAAAGCGAAGCUGCCAUGGAAGAGAAGAGUUGUACCCUGUGCACAAGUGUUAGAAAGAUUCAUGUGAAUCAAAGAAUCAUUAAAUGUGAUCUGAAACAGUA